AUGGCGAGCGCAGGAGCAGUCCUCCUUGAGGCUCGGCCUUUCCGACCCUUCAAGUCUUCUGAGGAGUAUCUCUAUGCUAUGAAGGAGGAUCUGGCAGAGUGGCUGACAGUUCUUUACCCCGAGCUACGUAUCAAUGCUGAUAACUUCUUGGACAGAUUGGAUACAGGCGUCGCUUUGUGCAGGAUUACACCUCAAAAACCCAUACAAGAGAGAAAU